AUGGAGUACAAAGGUCCCUCAGUGGAGAGAUAUUCGCUUUAUUCCCCUUUCUGCCGUUCCCUGCCCCCUUCUGCUCCAUCCCCGCGAACUGCGACCUCAUCGGAUUCAGGCUUCGCUUCUCCAGCAGUGUCGAUCCCUCCGCACAUUUACCUUCUGCAGGUUGACGGUCCCGAGUCUCUCUGCCUUCGCCCCGAGCUCACGCCCUCUUUAAGUCGUAUGCUUCAGAGAGAACAGCAUCAGCAUCCUUCUGGGAUAGCUCGACGUUGGUAUUCAAUAGAGAGAGUUUGGCGCCACGAGAAACCCGGUUGUGGUCGCCGGCGAGAGCAUUUUCAGUGGAAUCUUGACAUAGCGCUUCCCUCUCUUCCUACCAGGAACACCUUCACGGCUCCUGACACUGCAGACGCAGCGCAGCAGACGCAAGGAAGACAGAAUAACCAGAAGCGGCAAAAUAUGGGGUCGCCAGCCACCGGGUUCUCCUCCUUUGCAGCAGCGGAGCUAAUAGCGGCUGCUGUCCGCUUGUUUCAAAAGCUAGGCCUUUCCUCGAGGGAUGUGCGAAUUCGCGUCGGAAGCCGAAGCCUGCUAAGAGAUCUCUUGUGGACAGAAGAAGAGUUGAGGAGUCCAGAGACGAGUGUUCCGCUUUCUUCUACUGCGAAAGAGGACCGAACACCCGACAACGGGACUCUGCUUUCCGGCACCACGCCGCACUUUUUCUCAACGCACGAUGAAUGCAUCUUCCGACAAAGACUCACAACUGCAAUGCAGAUCCUAGAUCGAGCCUCCAGGCAAAGCCGAGAGGAGACAGAAAUUGCACUGGCGAAUGGACUAGGCAUAACCGUUGAAAAGUCCCACCGCAUUCUUCAGCGACUUAUCUCGUUUGACGUAAACAAUGAAUCUAUGGUACGUGAAUUGGGUAGAAAGCUGCAGCGACUGGGCAAAGGCGAUGGCACGCAACAAGGAGAUGGCAGUAGGCUAGACCAUACGGGAAGCGAGAGGCCUUCAGACGGCACAGGCGUGCUUUCCAGUUGGCUUCCCACGUCAGUGAAGGAUCUGCAGUCCGUACUUCAUCUUCUGAGAGAAGGGUACGGAAUAGGAGACUGGGUGGAUGUGGAUCUUCUGAUUGUGCGGGGCCUGCACUACUAUACGGGCGUCGUAUUUGAAGCUUUUGAUUCUGAGGGUGUGUUCAGAGCUAUAUUAGGGGGGGGAUGCUACGGUGAGCCAGGGGCAUCCGUGGCUGUGAUGGAGACAACAGCCGAAGGGCCUUCGGUUUCCACAGAAAGUCCCGAAGUACCAACGAUGCAUCUAAAGCCACACAAGUCUAGUAACCGACGAAAUAUGAGGUCUGGAGUCAGUGGAGUCGGCUUAGGUAUGGGGGACUGCGUCCUGAUUGAGCUACUGCAACGAAAGGGUCUUCUGCCAAUCCCUGGAUCCACGAUUGAUAUUAUUGUGGCACCUCGUCAAAAUUCUGCAGCUCAAGAUCCUCCUCGAGAAGUUCCGGCUGUCUCUCCCAGCGGCGCAUCAAAUGGCAACCAGAGACUUCCUGUCAUGGACGAGUCGAGAGAUAAGCUGCGCUAUUCAACGCCUUCAGCAACAAGCGUUUCAAAUUGGCACUCUGUCGCGGCAGAGCAGCUCUGCUGCAAGUUGCGAGCCCUUGGUCUUCGAGUGGAGUUACUGCUGCCUCCGCACAGGUCUGAACGAGCCGCCAUCAAGCACGCUAGGUCCGUGGGGGCAAAGGCCGUCAUAUUUGUUGCACCACGUGUGCAGCUUCAAGUGCUCGAGGUAGACGCAAGCAUUCCUGACAGUGCAGCCGAAGUUCCGCCUUCCCUAUUUUCAGGAGCAAAAGAGAUGAGGAACCCCACUGAAUUUAAGGUUCUUCUUAUUCCGGAGGAGAACCAGAACUCGACGCCUCUUUCGAAGCAGCAACAGAAAAGUCAGCCGGGGGAUCUUCAUCCCAUCCGCUGUACAUCCGGCAGUUUGAAACACGCAGGAACCUUGACCACAAUUCCCUCCGUCGUCGAGAUGCUUGAGGCUAAUCUUCGCCUCUCCUCUCAAGACAGGCAGCCCUGA